CUGUGCACAUCAUUUCCAGUUGUUUGGUAGUCGAUGUACUGUUGAUUUUCUGAUUCUAGAAAGGACUGAAGCGAAAAUCUUAGUGGCGAUUUACUUUUUGGUGUGGUCGCUGUGCUUGAUUGCACUAACAUCUACCCAAGAGCCAUGACCAAAGACUCAGGGAUGAACCGUGCGAAGUUAUUUCUGGUGCUGACAAUUUUGCUGUUGUCGACACAGCCAUCGGACGGCGAGCCGUUUCUAGUUUCGAGUCAAUCCGCACUGCCAUGCGAUUCGGGUCUCUUUCGGUUUGGUGCCGCCCAGAGCAACGGAAAUUACAGUCGACGAACGAGCAUCCACCGCGGGCAAUAUUCCUUGGUGUCGGAUCGGCGGCAGCGACAAAGAUAUUUCGCAAGAUCCAGCAAUGGAAUACGGAUGAGAAGUCUUUUGUCACGCAUCGGAUCGAUGCUCGGUUCAAAAGAGUCCCUCAACGCAAAAACGCAGAAUUUCCGCUUCUUCGCAUCCACCAGCCAACAUGUCCGACCGGACCGUAGCAUUCCCUCCGCAUUAACUUCAGAAGAUGCCUUCUCAUCACAGUCGAUGGUGCACGGGAAGAUACGGAAACGGCCCCGGUGGCUCAGAUUUCCCAAGGUCACAAGCGAUCAAAUACGAAAGUUUUCUUCCGUUGUGCAAUACACCGCUAUUGCGGUCAUAUGCUUCGAGUUGUUUUUUGUGCUCAAGGAUGUGUUCGAUGAGGUCCUCAACGAUCUGCAAGAUUUAGAAAACCGCGACGCUCAUUCACGGAAAACCAAUUCCGGCAGCGGUGACUUUGGGAACAACCGGAAGGUCUUGUCGAAACAUUCGGUGAAAAAGAUCGUUGAUUGGCUCGAACAGAAAGGAGCCGAUCGUCUACCUCCGCCCAGCGUUGCCCCUGCAUGGACGUUGGCAAUGGCACAAGAACUAUACAAAUGCAACAGCUUGUCUCUCGCAGGGGUCGAGAGAAUCCUCUUGCAAAUCACAAAUGCAGAAGCAGAAUUUCUCGGUUCGUGUCUUCUCUCGUCCGACAACAUGGCGGACGUGAAUGACGACAUCGGAGGUCUUUUUGCCGCGAAAUCUGCAUACCACCAGCUGCUCGUGUCCUCCCUCUCUGCCUGGAGGGACUCUUGCGAUGACCCAUCCGUGAAUAGGAAUUCGUCGCCGUACACGAAAUUUGUUGCAAAGGGGAACAGCAACAAUGGCAUGGUUUUGUGGGGUCCUCCGGGCUCUGGAAAGUCCCUCCUGCUCCGUGCGAUUGCCAAGAGUUCUGGCUUGCCAACUCUGAUGGUCACACCGGCCUUGAUGCAGCGGACAAAGAGUCUCGAGGUGCUGUUCUCGUUGAUCGAGACCCUUGGAUCUUGUGCAGUGGUCCUCGACGACCUGGACGGGCUGUUUCUGGUGCCGCAAGGGAACGAGAAUGCUUCCACAAGAAAUUUCAGGAGCGAGUGGCUGCAGCGAUGGGACGAUGUUUCUGCGAGGCCGUCGUCUUCCGACGGCCGUGGCCUUUCGAAAAGGUGUGUGCUGACGGUGGCUGCUACGAACCGUCCAUGGGACGUGGACAUUGCCGCGUGGAGACGCCUUCCGAAUCGAAUCUACAUCGGAUUGCCCAACGCGGAAGACCGAUGCGACAUGCUGAAAAAAUGGUCCAGGGAUCUCCCACCCAUCGAUGACUCGGUGUUGCAAGAGCUGGUCGGUGCCACGGAAGGCUAUCUUCCAUCGGAUCUGUACCAGGUCCUCCACUAUGCCUGCCAAGUGGGACCCGUGGCACGCCGGGACAAGCAGCUAACGAUCGAGGACGUCCGUGUCGGGCUUUCGGGGCUCAUGCCCUCUCGAUACUCUUCGCAGUACGUCCAGCAACUGCAGGAGUUUGUGGGCGGCGGGAACGGAUCUGCCGGAAGGGCCCAGCAGCAGCAGCAACAACAACAACAGCAAGGGCGGCAGCACGGGCAGCAACCACCCGGCGGCCGCCAGGAGAACGAUUUCAUGAGCUCGAUCGAAGCCCUGCCGUACCGCGAAGAGGGAUACUGCUGGCAGACCCCGGGUGGGAACUAUUACCAGUUUCAAAUCCCCGUCGAUUCGCAGGUGUUGGAGGCCAUCCAAACCAUAUUGCUGCACAGGUUCGAGUGGGGGCCGGGAGAGGAAGAGUGGGAUGCUAGCGACUGCUACGACGAGGAGGAAGACGACGACUAUGACGGACUAUGAUUUGUUUGACGAGCAACGUCGAGGCUCAUUGGCGAGCUGCUAUUGUGGCAGGCAAACACGACCGGCAGCGGUUCGGUGGCCGAACCCGAACAAGACAGCACGAAACGAUCGAUCCUGCCGUAGUACCGUACGGCAGUUUCAAACACGUUGCUUCUUUUGUCUCGAGACGGACGAUUCCCUGCUUUCGGAAUAAACAGCACACGUACUC